GGCGCCGAAGAUGGCGGCGGCUCCGGCGGCUCCGGCCCCUCCGGCCGCGGGGCCGCGCCGCUUCUCGCUGCUCGCCAUCGUGGGCGGCGGCUGCCACCGGCCCGGCCUCAGAGCCGCCGCCCUGCAGCAGCUGGAGCGAGGGAUCCGCUCCUGGGAUAUCGACCUCAGCUCCUGCAACCUGGAUGAGCAGCUGAAGCUCUUCGUGUCCCGACACUCAGCCACCUUCUCCAGCAUUGUGAAAGGUCAAAGGACCCUCCACCACCGCGGGGAUGUGCUGGAAACCCUGGUGCUGCUCAACCCUUCCGACAAAUCUCUUUGCGACGAGCUGCGGAAUCUCAUCACGGAUGUGUCCCAGCACAAGCUGCUGGUGUUUGCGGGGCCCUGCGUGGAGGACACCGGGGAGCUGAUGCUGCAGACAGGCUGCUUCUCCCUGCGGGAUUUCAUCCAGAUCUUCACGGAUAAGGAGGUGGGGGAGAUCCUGAGCUCUGCAGACCCCUCGGUCAAGGCCAGGCUGACCAUCAGCUGCCCUGAUUUUGGGGAGUGGAGGGACUCAGGCUUGGAGCACCACAACCUGCAGGACUUCAUCGAGCUGUGCUACAACCCUGGCUGCGUCCUGCCCGAGAUGGAGGGGCUGGAGGAGUUCAUGGAGUACCUGUCGGAGUCCCUGGAGCCCCAGUCCCCCUUCGACCUCCUGGAGCCCCCCACCAUGGUGGGAUUCCUGAAGCUCUCCAAGCCUUGCUGCUACAUCUUCCCGGGCGGGAGAGGGGACUCGGCUUUCUUCGCCGUCAACGGCUUCAACGUCUUGGUCAACGGCGGCUCCAACCCCAAAUCGUCCUUCUGGAAGUUGGUGAGGCACCUGGACCGCAUCGAUUCCAUCCUGGUGACGCACGUGGGCACGGACAGCCUGCCUGGCAUCAACAGCCUGCUCCAGAGGAAGCUGGCUGAGCUGGAGGAGGAUCCAUCCCAGAGCUCCCAGGGCAACGGCGACUGGGCCAAGAACCUCAUCUCGCCCGAGCUGGGCGUCGUGUUCCUCAACGCCUCCAAGAAGCUGAAGGACAUCGAGGGCGACUCGCGGGUGCUCAAGAGCUGCGACGAGGCCGCGCUGACCCUGCACUACCUGGAGAAGUUGGGAAUCCGGCCCAACCCGCUGGCCCGUGACUGCAGCCCCCGCGCCGAGCCCACCGUGCUCUUCCAGAAGAUGGGAGUGGGCCGGCUGGACAUGUACGUGUUGAACCCCGUGAAGGGCACCAAGGAGCUGGAAUUCCUCCUGCAGCAGUGGUCGGGGAACGGAUUCCCCAAGGAGCAGGAGCUGCCACUGCAGUGCCUGACCUCGGUGUGCGUCCUGCUGGUGUGGCACCCCGUGAGCUGCUCCGAGAAGAUCAUCCGGGUGCUGUUUCCUGGCUGCACGCCCCAGGCUCGCAUCCUAGAAGGGCUGGAGAAGGUGAAGCACCUGGAGUUCCUCAAGCAUCCCGUGGUCACUAAGAACGACCUGAAGGGGACGGCGCAGGCGGAGAAGCCGCUGAAGCAGAGGAGGGUGGAGAGCAAGGAGAGCCUCAAGUCGGGCUCCAAGCUGAGUUUGGUGGAUGCUGCGGCGCUGGUGCCAAAGGAGAAGGCUCCGAAGGUGGAGAGGAAAGAGGUGAAAGCUGGGACCAAGGAGAAGCCAAAAUCCCUGGGGGAUGCGGCCAGAAUGGGAUCAGAAGAGGAGAAAGCCAAGGACGCCCGAGCCAAGCAAGACUCGGUGGCCGAGAAGGCGAAGGCAGACCCGAAGCCGAAGGCGAACAAGGAAAAAGCAGCGCCCAAGAAGGAGACGGUUGCCAGGAAGGAGGAGGAGAAGCCACCAAAGAAGGAGGAGGGAGCCGAGGCCAAGAAGGAGGUGAAGGUGGUGAAGAAGGAGGCAAAGGCCGAGACGCUACGGAAGGACUCGAAGGACAGCAAGACAGAGGCCAAGGCUCCGGCCAAGGCUCCAGCCCGGAAAACGCCGGUCCCGGAGAGCCGCAAACCCCUGGCCAAGGCCGGCAGCAUCAAGAAGGCCCCGCUCAAGAAGGAGCCAGAAAAACCCAAGGCUAAAACCACCCGGAAAGAUCCAGGCACGUCGGAUGGCUCCAAAUCCUCCUCCCCCGAGGAGAUGCUGCCGGAGGCCGAGCGGGAGGGCGGGAGGAGGAGGAAGGAGGAAUCCACGGAUGAAGGCAUCGCCACGGCCGACAGCGAGCUGGAGCCUUCAUCCCUGGAGAACGGGGGGAACCGGUGCCCAGGGGAUCCAUCCUUCCUGGAGAACGGCCUGGAAGAUCCCGAGAGCUCCCAGCGCUUGCGCUACGUGGAGAGCAGCCCCCUACGAGCCGUGUGCCCCCCAUCGCCCAUGGCCAAGACCCCCAAGAGCGACCGCAGCGUCAAUUUCGACCUGACGCCCACCGGGUUGCUCAACCACGGCCCCGAGGGCGCCGAGGAUCCCUGCGGCAGCUCCGAGGAGAAAACCCUGGAGAUGAUGUCCCCGGCUAGCUCGGGACCGGCCAGUGCCGGCCACACGCCCUUCCACCAGUCCCCGGUGGAGGAUGGCGCGGAGGAGCCGGGCACCGGCGCUGCCCGGCAGCAGAACGCGUGGCCGGCGGCCGGAGCGGGCAAGGAGGGCUCCGUGCCGGACAAGCAGGCGGGGUGUCUGUCCCUCAGCCCCUUCAAGGAUGAUGUCCCCGACGUGUCCCCCACCAUCACCACGCCCUCGCUGCCGGCCGAGGUGGGCUCCCCGCAUUCCACCGAGGUGGACGAGUCGCUCUCGGUGUCCUUCGAGCAGGUGCUGCCACCGGUCAGCGAGUCCCCCCCGGAGGACGGGCGGCGAUCCCGAGGCUCCGGGGACGCGCCCGAGCCCGAGGCCACCAAAGGGGGGCUGUCGCUGCCGCUGCGGCCGUGCCACCACCCGCCCUGGGCCGACGGGGACGCGGCGCCGCGGCCCGGCCGCCGCUCGGACUCGCCGCACGACGUGGACCUGUGCCUGGUGUCCCCCUGCGAGUUCGAGCACCCCAAGUCCGAGCGGUCGCCCUCGGCCGCCGCCAGCCCGCGGGAGCUGUCGGACAGUGACCCGUCACAGGAGCUGGCGCCGCCCCGGGGCCGGCCGGGAGAGACCCCCCCCACGUCGGUCAGCGAGUCGCUGCCCACCCUGUCCGACUCCGACGUCCCUCCGGUCACCGAGGACUGCCCGUCCAUCCUGGCCGACGGGCUGGAGUCGGACGAGGACUCGGAGCGACCGCCCCGCGGCGUGGCCAGAGCGUGUGACCCGCUGCCAGCCCCCCUGAAGGACCCGUGUCCCCUCCCUGCCCAGCCUGGAAUCUGCAUGGUGGACCCCGAGGCGCUGCCCCCCGGUCGGAAGGAGCCCCCCGGUACCAGGGUGAAGAGGACCCCGUCCCGCGCGGGCUCGGCGCCCGCCGCCCCCAAAUCCGAGCCCCCUCGUGUCCCCGUCUCGGCCACCAAGGCCAGGCCUCCCGGUGACAAGGCCAGGCCUCCCCUUGGGGACAAGAAGGGCCCGUCCAGCGCGGCCCCCGGCACCGCCCGCGGCGCUGGAGCUCGGCCGGCGGCCGGAACCGGCCGGGCAUCGCCAGCAGGCGCAAGGGCUGCGGCCCCCCAGGGACCCCCUGUGUACGUGGACCUGGCGUAUCUGCCCGGCUCCUGGAGCGCCCGCACGGUGGACGAGGAGUUUUUCCGGCGGAUCCGCUCGUUGUGCUACGUGGUCAGCGGGGAUGACCACCUGAAGGAGGGGGUGCUGCGGCCCCUGCUCGAUGCCCUCCUCACGGGCAAGCACCAGUGGGGCAUCGACAUCCAGGUGACUUUGAUCCCCACCUUCGACUCUCUGGUGAUGCACGAGUGGUACCAGGAGACUCACGAGCGGCAGCAGGAGCUGGGCAUCACCGUGCUGGGCAGCAACAGCACCGUGGCCAUGCAGGAUGAGACCUUCCCUGCCUGCAAGGUGGAGUUCUGAGUGUUUUGGGGGGUGGGGGGGGGGCCACACGUCCCCA